UUAGAGAUUUGUUUGUUUGAAAUUGCGUGUACGAAAGUUCUAUCAGAUACCGGGAGAUAAAGUAUAAUUACUGUUAAUAAUAUAAAGUAUACGGCAAUCAUGUGGUACUUAACAUCACAGAAUGAUACUAGAAUCAUUUAUAUAGUUUCAUCUAAUCAAGUCCUAAUUGGAAGAAGUACUGAUAAUGAGGUUUGCAACUUUGCCAUCGCUGAUGAUCCCUCCAUUAGCAGAAAACAUGCAACUUUGACAGCGAUGGACAAUGGUUUGUUUUUACAAGAUCUCGGUUCGAGAUACGGAACUUACAUUAAUAAUUCUACCGACAAAGUAGAAAUGAAUACCAACACCAAAUUAAAAGAGAACGAUAUUGUUAAGUUUGGUAAAAUGAAUAGCAUUUGGAAAGUUAAUGUAGCUAACCUUAUAACUUGUACAUCGACUUUAAAAGGAGACAACUUACAGAAUCUAAGGUUAACUUUGUCAAAAUUAGGAGGGAUAUUAAAGAGUGAUUGGGAUGACACUUGUUGUUACCUAACAAUGCCAGGAAUCACCUUGACUAUCAAAGUUGUGUUAGCUCUAGUACAAGGUUCAAACAUAGUAACUACAGAGUUCUGGAACAAAUGCCUUGAAAAUGUUUCCAAUUGUGAAACCCUACCAGAUCCUCAAGAUUUUGUACCCGAGGUUAUGGAAUCUACACUUAAUAAGGAGGUUGUGUCAUUCCAGCCUGAUAAUCGUCGUAGUUCAAUAUUCACAGGCAAGAAGUUUAUAUUUUUUUCAAGAAGACAGCAUGAAAUGUAUAAGACUGUACUGGUCAAAAGUGGGGCCACUCCAAUGCUGCUUAGUGAAUGCAGAAUGACAAUAUCAAUGCUCUGUAGCCCAGAUGUGGUUGUUAUACAGUAUACAUCAACUGGUGUCAGUCAAGAGACACAGUCACAGAGAAGCCAAAUGACUGACAUUGUCAAUCAAUUAAAAAAUAAGGGCAAAAGAGUGGUAGCUGAUGCUGAGAUAGGUCUUGCUAUAUUAUUCUGCUCAUCCAAUAAGUAUUGCAAUCCUAACUUCAGCUUUUCAUCUGAAGUGGUUAAGCAGAUAUCUGCUCCUCAAAAGAGUUCAAAAGUACUAGCACAGGAAUCUCAAGAACCUACAUCACAGCAAAAGCAGCCCAAUGUUAAAAUAAAUGAAAGUCUUGUGUCUGAAGAUGGUUAUGAUAAACUUUCUGUUAAAAGAAAGUUGAGUGAUGUCAUAACUGAGAUAGAAGUCAAUCCCAGCAAGAGAAUUGCAACAUGUUUUGUAGCAGAAGUGAAGGUUGAAAGUGCCAAAAGGGGUUACCCCGAUGACAAUGAUGAAUUCUCAAAACCACCCAAGAAAAUGGCUAUAGAAAAUGAGAAGAAUAGCUCUGAACAAGCUAGUAAUGAUGAUAGUAACAUGUUUAAUUUUGUGAAAGCUCCUACCACCACUGAAUCUGAGAAAAAACCUAAAAAACUCAAUUUAUCAAAACCACAGAAAAGAAAACUAAAUGAUAAUCAGCCUGAAGGCAAUCUAUUUAACUUUAUACAAACUGAUGAAGAUGAUGUUAAUGCUAGCACAGUAUCUAAACAAAGCCUUUUUAAUAAUGAUAAAAAUAAGAAAGAUGAUAGUGAAAAUGUGGUACAAACAACAAAUCUAUCAAAACAAGAAGUUUCAGCUCAAGAUAUAUCUGCUAUGAGAGGAUCCAAGCUAAAAGAAUUAAUGCAACGUAAUUUAUCAAGCAAUUCUAGUCCAGUCAAUAAUACAAGGAGAAUAAAAACUGAAGACUUAGAAGAUAAAAUGAAUAAGCUAGACUUGUGUAACACUAUUGUUACUACCUGUAGCACCUUAAUUAAGAGGGAACCAUACAAAUAUGAGACUGAGAAUACAUUUUCUAGUAAUGUUAAAAACUUUAAGAAAUUCAAGAAAGUUUGGCCAAUAAAGAGACAAUCUUCUGUGAUACAGACAUCUUCAAUGAGCUUGAUAACUUCAUAAUAAAUUAAUACUUGAUUUGUUGCAUGGGACUAAAAUUUCAUUCAUAACUUUUGUCCAAGUCUGAGCAUACAAUUGAGUUAUAAGAAAUGAAAACGAUUUUAUUAUAUUGAUUAUAAGUUUAUUUUGUAGAAAUGUUACAAGUAUGUAAUGUUAAGAUAAUAAAGAUCAUUUAACUAAUCA